CUUCUGCCACAACACAUCUGUAAAGAAGACAGAAAAAUGGCGGACCUCAGGAAAAUCAGUUCUGGGUCUCUGCCCUAUGUAAACGUUUCCCGAAAAGUGUCAGUUCAAGGGAAGAUUUUUAUCCUACUCUGUAUAAUAUUGGCCGAACCCGGAGGAGCUACCACCCACUGGGUCGUCACUGAAGAUGGAAAAAUUCAACAGCAAGUUGACUCUCCUUUAAAUCUUAAACAUCCACAUGACCUUGUCAUCUUCAUGCGACAGGAGACCCGUGUCAACUACCUGAAGAAGUUAGAGAAGCAGCUUGUCGCUCAGAAGAUUCACAUUGAGGAGAAUGAGGACAGGGACACGGGCUUGGAGCAGAGGCACUAUAAAGAGGAUGCCGACUGUGUCAUGGCUAAAGUACCCCUGGGAGACUUGGAUCUCUACGAUGGUACCUACAUCUCCCUGGAGAGUAAAGACAUCAGCCCUGAGGAUUACGUAGAUUUUAGGUCCCCUCUACCCCCGGAUCUGGAGAAGCCUGACUGUGCCGGAGUAUUUGAGCUCCCAUAUAGUAUCCACGGUUUCCAGCAUCUCCGGGGCGUGCAGGAACAGGUGAACCUCACAUCUCCUCUGCUCUCUAAAGAGGACCCCAUUUUUGGCUCCCUGUCCCACAAACUGGGCCGCAGCAUGGAUGAGGUGGGCCAUCGCAUCCAGCAGGGCCUGCUGAGGAACUCCUCAUCCUGGGUGCUGUAUAACCUGGCGUCGUUCUACUGGAGGAUAAAGAAUGAGCCCAGGCGGGCGGUGGACUGUGUGAUCCGGGCCCUGCACUUCUCACCCAGGCAGCACAAGGACCUGGCCCUGGUGAACAUGGCCAACAUCCUGCACAGGGCCCACUUCUCUGCUGACGCUGCCAUCGUGGCUCACACUGCCCUGGAUUUGACCUCUGACCUUCUCACCAGCCACUACACCCUGGGGAACAUCUACGCAAUGCUGGGGGAGUAUAACCACUCAGUGCUGUGCUAUGAGCAGGCUCUCCAGGCCCAGCCGGGCUUUGAGCAGGCCCUGAGGAGGAAGCACGCCGUCCUCUGUCAGCAGAAACUGGAGCAGCGCCUGGAGGCCCAACACAGGUCUCUGCAGCGCACGCUGAACGAGCUGAAGGAAUACCAGAAACAGCAUGACCACUACCUGCGUCAGCAGGAGGCCCUGGACAAAUACAAGCUGCUGCAGGAAGAGCAGAUCCUCCGCAACAUCAUCCACGAGACCCAGAUGGCCAAGGAGGCACAGCUGGGCAACCACCAGAUGUGUCGUCUGGGCCAACAACAGAGCAGCCUGUUCUGCCCCUUGGACCUGCCGGUGCGUUAUCACCGUGGAGACCUGUUUGAGCACGUCCACCACAUCCAGUUUGGAGAGGAGGUCUCUGUGGCCGGCAGCGUUGCUCUGGUGUCGGAGCCGAGCACCAACCAGACCACCAGCUCACACCUCCACCCCUCUGUGUCCGGAGACCCUGAGCCUGCAGCCCUCUGGGGCCACCAGGCCUCCCCCACCCAAGACAUUCAGAAGCUGCUGUGGCCCCGGAGGGCAGACUGUGCUGAUGAGUUUCCUGUCAUCCCCCCCGCCCACCUACUACCCACCUUCUACCUCCCACCUGAGACACAGGGCCCCAGCCUCCAGACGGUGCUGUACGGUACCGGACCCCCUCCCUCCUCCCUGGCUUCUCCAGACUGUGGCCCUGUGCUCCAGCCCCCUCCAGCUGACCUGCCUGCCUCUGUGGGCUGGACCUUGGAGGACAAGGAGCUGCCAGACCCCCACGCCACCCAGGUACUGCUGUCUCGCAGCAGAGGCUGGAGUUUGGAGCAGGCUGGUGCCAGCAUAGCCCAAGCCAUGAAGAAGGAUAGCGCCCCUGGCUGGUUGCUCCAGAACGAGGCGGCGUUGUUCUGGCGGGCGAAGGGUAACGGUACCAGCUCGCUGCAGUGUCUGCGCCACUCCCUGGCCUCGGCUCCGCCCACCCAGCGCCACCUGCCCCUCGUCAACGCUGCCAAUCUGCUUCUGCGCCACGGCCUCAGUGCCCACGCACACACUCUGCUGGAGGACGCCCUGGCACUCAACGCCUCUGAGCCCCACACUCUCCUGAGCCUGGUGAGCGUGAAUCUGGCCCAGGGCAACGUGACGGGCGCCCUGGACCUGUUCCGCCAGACCCUGGCUCUCUCUGCCAGUUGUGCCCAGUGCCGUGCCAGCCUGCCCCUUCUGCGAUGCCUGCAGUUCUACCCCUUCCUGUACAACCUGCAGCGCUCGCCAUGUCCGCAGGGUGCUUUGUGUGUCGGUGAGGAGGAUGUGACUCUACAUCUAGAUGAAUGGGAGGCUGGCAGUAGACAGAAGCAGCAGGAGGACCCCACCACCACGGCUGCCCAGGCUCUGCCUGUCUCCACAGUGGAGGAAGCCCUCCUGUUUGAGAAGGUGGUGCUGGACAGUAACGGCUCUGGAGAGGCAAGCCAACAGCCUGGAGGAGGAGAGAGGGAUGAGGAGGAGUGGCAGCUGAAGGAGGAGCUGAUGGGGGCCUUUGAGGGGGCUCUGGACGUCGAUGGGGCACUGGGCCUGUCCUGAGGGCAUGUGGGGGGAGGGCCCUGCUGGGAACUGAACUGUGAGGAUGACGAGGGGGCUGAGUGGAUCACAUUCCAGGUGAAGCGUGUGAGGAAGCCCAAGGCAGACAGCCCUGAGGUCUGGGGCAGUGCUGAGGACACCCUGCAGGGGGAGACACUGCUCCCUGGAGGCCACUCUGUUCUGGAGAUCAGCGGCCCCACCAUCCCUUCCCCCGGGCCUUCAGGGCGAUGGAGGGACUAUACCGGUCUGGGCUGGCCGGGGCCAGAGGAGUGCCAGAGAACACGCAGGGUAGACCUCACCACCGUGGCCAGUACCUGGCUGGCCGUGUCUGCCAAGAACAUUGACAUCACGGAACACAUAGACUUUACCACUCCACUCCAGGAGCCUGCGGUGGAGCCAUUGUGCAACGCUAACCUGGCUGCCAGCAUGCACACCCUGGACCACCUGGCUGGCGUGGCCAACCGCGCCGCCAUCCACUACACCGGAGAGAGUCAACUCAGAGAGGUUCUACAGAAUCUGGGCAAAGAUAAGUUCUCCCCUCAGUCCUUUGAGCAGGUGGGCACGCGCAUCGCCAAGGUCUUGGAGAAGAACCAGACAUCGUGGGUCUUGUCCAGCAUGUCUGCUCUCUACUGGAGGGUGAAGGGUCAGGGCAAGAGGGCCAUCGACUGCCUACGCCAAGCCCUCCACUACGCCCCGCACCACAUGAAGGAUGUACCUCUGAUCAGCCUGGCCAACAUCUUCCAGAACGCGCGGCUGUGGGAGGACGCUCUGACCGUGGCCCGCAUGGCUGUGGAGAUCGCCCCGCACUUCGUUGUCAACCACUUCACCCUCGCCAACGUCUACAUCGCCAUGGAGGAGUUUGAGAAGGCCAUGCGCUGGUAUGAGUCCACUCUGGAGCUGCAGCCAGAGUUUGCCCCUGCCAAGGACCGCCUGAGAACCAUCCAGUGUUACCUGCUAACCAAGAAGGACCGCCGUCUACCCUGAGACGACUCCACUGGAGAAGCCCUCGGCACACACACACCAUACACACAUACAAAAACAUAACUUACAGUAGUUACUCACAACAAAUCGGUUGUUGAUUUAUUUUAUUUUUAAAUGUUUGUUUUAAGUCAUUGCCAUAUAAUUUAUGUCUAAAGGAAUUCAGGGGUUCCAUUCGCUGUGACCUCAGACUCUGGUCGUAGGGGGUAAAACCAACCACUUCCAUUCGCUGUGACCUCAGACUCUGGUCGUAGGGGGUAAAACCAACCACUUCCAUUCGCUGUGACCUCAGACUCUGGUCGUAGGGGGUAAAACCAACCACUUCCAUUCCAAUUCUAUUAGGAAGCUU